UUUUAUAUAAACCUAGGGUUUAUCCUGUCCUUGGAUGGCGAAUCAGCUAUUCGGCUACGACUCCAGCAACUAUAGAGGGGGAGCGGCGAGCCUUUCCAGCUUGUAUUCGUCGAGAUCCGGUGCCGACGCUUACCUCUCCGGCGACUCCUCGUUGCUAGGCUCAUCCAGGUACCUCGGCGCCGAUCCGCUCUCAACGAAUCCUUCCAGUUAUUCAUCCAUCAGCGAGAGGAGAUCGUCCAUGCUCUUCAACCAGAGCGACGCCCUAAGGUUUUCGGCCGCUGACAUUGGCGGAAGUUACUCGUCGGCGGCUGCUAGGGUUGCCAGUGGGGGAGGCAUCGGAGCUGCUGCUGCGACACAGGCUUCCCAGGCGUCUUGGUCCGGUCUUGACGUUGGCGCUGCUGCCGUCGAUCCGCUUGCGGGUAUCAAGCGUUCUUCUGAAAUGCUCUAUCAUCAGACUCUUCUGGGUGCCCAUAACACGAUUGGGCAAAGUGAAGCUUGGUUUUCCACCAAUCCUUUAGCCAAGCGCCCUAGAUUCGAGAGUGCAAGCAAUUUGCCUAUAUAUCCACAGAGGCCAGGAGAGAAGGACUGUGCCCAUUAUAUGCUCACAAGAACCUGUAAGUUUGGAGAUAGCUGCAAAUUUGACCAUCCUAUUUGGGUUCCAGAAGGUGGAAUCCCAGAUUGGAAAGAGGUUCCACUUGUUCCUGUUGGCGAGUCCCUUCCUGAGAGACCGGGGGAGCCUGAUUGCCCCUACUUCUUGAAGACUCAAAAAUGCAAGUUCGGUCUUAGAUGCAAAUUUAACCAUCCAAGGGACAAAAUAUUAUUGUCAGAUGCACAGGACAGUGCCAUCUUAUCUGCUUUACCAGAGAGGCCAACUGAGCCCCCCUGUGCGUUCUAUAUGAAGACUGGAAAAUGUAAAUUUGGUGCAAACUGCAAAUUUCAUCACCCUAGAGAUCUCUUGUUACCAUCUGGGCAAGAUGAUGUAAAUGAUGGGCAAAAUUUAAUAGCUGCUGAUAAUGACGGACCAAUUGGAGAGGGGAAGCAAAUUUUUACCCCAGCAUUAUUGCACAAUUCCAAAGGGCUUCCCAUCAGACCGGGUGAAAUGGAUUGCCCAUUCUACAUGAAAACUGGCAGUUGCAAGUAUGGUGCCAGUUGCCGCUACAAUCAUCCAGACAGAUACUCAAUUAAUCCUCCUGCUGCUGCAUUUGGAGCUUCUGUAAUAGCAUCUCCUGUUGCACAUUUGAACCUUGGAGUUGUUAAUCCAGCUGCCUCUAUUCUGCAAACAAUUGACCCCAGGCUAACUCAGACAACGCUUGGACUGGCACCUGCCAUAUACCCUCAACGACCUGGGCAGAUUGAAUGUGAUUACUACAUGAAAACUGGGGAGUGUAAGUUUGGAGAAAGAUGCAAGUUUCAUCAUCCCUUUGAUCGGUUAGCACCUAGCCUAUCAAUAAAUGAAGCCCAACCACAAAAUGUCAAGCUCACUCUUGCUGGCCUACCUAGGAGAGAGGGUUCUAUUCACUGCCCUUACUAUAUGAAGACCGGGACAUGCAAAUAUGGUGCGACAUGCAAAUUUGACCACCCACCUCCCGGAGAGGUUAUGGCUAUGGGGACAUCAGGAACAUCAACAGGGGAAGGCAAAGACGACGAGACCAUUGAAGAGUAGCAGCAGUGAACAAGUUCACAUGAAUGACCCAAGGGUUCUGUGGGCCUUUUCGGCAUUGUUUCCUUUUUGACCGUGUCUCUCCCAACUGUUCAACAUGGCACGUUGUUCGCUUAUUCUUGACGUUUCUUUUCAUUGUUAGUUGUGUUUGUCCAGUAGAGCUGGUACUGAGAUAGAUGUACUUUUUGAGUGGUUUGGUUAUUGAUGGUUGUCUAUUGCAAUUUGCUUUUUUCAUGAAGAAAUUUUACUUUUAUUUUUGUUUAA